GAGGGAGCUCCACCUUGUGAGGCUCUCGCACCUCCUUCACAAUCUUCGGCGGAGACUCGCUCGCGUUCAUUCCCAUCAGAGGAGCUUCAUGGACGGACAGGAAUGGCCGGAUCACGGAGACGCGUUCACUUUCUCACGGCUUUGUGCGUGUUUGUGUGCUACAGCGCUCCGGUGAACGGAGCAAAGAGAGGAACCUCGGACAAAUGCAGCUACAAGGGAACGCAGUUGUCCAGCGCCGACGAGAGCGGCCGCAAACUCGGAGUCACGUUUCGAUACGACAACUGCUCUCUGAACUGGAAUCCGCUGGGCAAACACGCCAUCCAUGAAGUGAACAACAUCACCUACAGUCAUUUAUCUUGUGACAGCCAGGCAGCCGUGGUGGUCCACUGGAUGGCUAGCCCUCUCGGUAUUGAACAUGUGAAAGGAUUCAGAGUGCAUCUGGAGGACAAGAAUCCCGAGGGAAAGCAGUGCCAGCACAUGAUUCUAAAGGAUCCGCGACAGCUUAACUUCUCUUACAAAACCGUUAGGAUGAGCUCACAGCCCUUCUCUGGUCUCACCUUUGAGACGGACUACAUGGUCAGAAUCGUGCCGUUUCCCACGUUCUUGAACGACAGCUUCUUUCCGCCAUCUUUUCUGCGCACUAACAGUUGUGAAGUGCUUCUUGGCCCAGAUAACCUCGUCUGCAAACCAUUCUGGAAGCCCAAGAUGCUGAAUGUUUCUCAACUCGGAUCUAAUUUGCAUGUUGUGUUUGACCACGCCCCUUCCACAUUCGGCUUCACCAUCUACUACCUGUACUACAAGCUCAGACAGGAGGGGCCCUUCAGACUCAAACGCUGCAAACCUGAGCAAAAUGGCCCCAAAACUACAUGUGUUCUACAAGACGUCACUCCAGGAACUUACGCAAUAGAGCUUCGCGAUGACAACAACUCGACCAGAAAACAGACGCAGUACCACGUGAGCCAAGUGCAUUCUCCGUGGGCCGGACCGAUCCGCGCCAUGGCCAUCACCAUCCCGCUGGUCAUCAUGUCGGCCUUCGCCACUCUCUUCACCGUUAUGUGUCGCAAGAAACAGCAAGAGAACAUCUACUCCCACCUGGACGAGGAGAGCUCCGAGUCUUCAUCUCAGACCACGGCGCUGAGCGCAGACAGACCCUGGCCCAGACCCAAGAUCUUCAUCUGUUACUCCAGUAGAGACUGUCCCAAACACCUCGCCGUCAUCCAGAGCUUCGCCUUCUUCCUGCAGGACUUCUGCGGCUGUGAGGUGGCGCUGGAUCUCUGGCAGCACCUGGAGAUCUGUAAGGAGGGUCAGAUGUCCUGGCUGAGCCGGCGUAUCGACGAGGCCCACUUCAUCAUCACCGUCUGCUCCAAAGGCCUGAAGUAUUUUGUGGAGAAAAGACACCGUAAGGGCAAAGCCACGUCGAAGGAGAACAACCGAGAACCGACCGCAUCCGACUCCACCGGCAACAGAGACCUUUUCAUCGUUGCCACGGCGAUGAUCUCCGAAAAACUCAAAGAGGUGCAUCAAAAGUCCUCGGACCUCUCGCGCUUCAUGUCGGUGUACUUCGACUACUCUCACGAGAGCGACGUGCCGACCUCCCUCAGCCUGGCGCCCAAAUACAAACUAAUGGACCAGCUUCCCCUGCUCUUCGCCAGACUCCACUCUCGCCAGCUCAGCCUGACCGACCGCGAGCCGCAGCCGGCGAAUGUCAACAAACGCAACUACUUCCGCAGCAAAUCGGGCCGCUCGCUGUACGUGGCCAUCUGUAACAUGCACCAGCACAUCGAGCAGGAGCCCGACUGGUUCGAGAAGCAGCUCAUGCCGCCGCCACCAAAUAAACUCCUCCCUCCUCCAGAGAAGCUGGACUCGGGGCUCGUCCUGAACGAGGUGAAGCUCAAACACCCCUCGGAGAGCGACUGUCCCGUGAGGAGCAACGUCCUGAUCCUGCCGCCGACGCCAAAGCUGGGGCUUUCGCUGAGUUUGUCGCAGGAGGAUCUCGGGGAGGGUUCGUCCGGUCAGGAUGUGGGUUUGUCUCGGCCGGACGGAUCGGCCAGUCCUGUGGAGAUGCCCAGAGACUCGGGGAUCUACGACUUGUCCGUCCCAUCGUCAGAGCUCUCCAUCCCGCUGAUGGACGGACUCUCACCGGACCACGACAACUCGUCUCUGGCCGACAGCGUGUCCUCCUCCUCAGGACUUGGUGAUGAGGAGCCCCCUGCUGUCAGCUCUCUGCACUGCGCAGCUCCCACUAUAUGCAAAGCAGAGCUCCAUCACAACAUCCAUCAGAGUGAAGGACUCAUAGCCGCUGCCUCCACUUAGUGGCCCUCAGCUGUACUUGCAUCGCCACUUUAAUUCCUGUACUUACCACUGACUUGGACAAGCUGCCUGCGAGUCUUCAAAAUCCCUCAUCAGGGAAAAUCUUUGACAGAUCGGAAGGGAUUGAACAUUGAGGUGUCUGAAAACUGCAGGCACGUGUUUUGUCGAGGCGCUUUUUAACCAAAGUGGUUGUGUACUUAGUAUGCAGCCGUGUCUGUGGUGUUACAGCUGUGUGUGUUACUACAAAAUCCAGACCUUCUUGCCUUAAAAGUGCCAUGAAGCUGUGGACAUGAGCGUGUUGUGCUGAAUGGGAGUCGUUUUAACAUGUCAUUUCACUUUUAUUUAUUGCAUUAACGUGCUUCAGUUGUGUGGGAUAACUUGAAAAGCAACAGAUGUGUGUAGAUGAGCACUUUGUGUUUUUCACAUUAGCCCGGGUAUCGUUUCGCUGAAGCUGUUCGGAGGUAACGCUCGAUUUUAGAAGCAUAUCAAGAGCUUUUUAAUGAUUUUAGGCCUUAAUUUGUUUCAAAUGGAUCUUUAAAAAAGUUUCAAACAUGUUGACAGCAGCAUAAACAGAUAAGAAUAGGUCUAAUGUCUGUUUAUGACAAAGGGAAGGACAAGCUAAAAAACUGAGAUGUGCCGUAUUGUUAACUUUAUGAGUUUUAUUUGUGUACUUUGUUUAUCCAGGUUUUGUACAGUUUAUUUUUAGAAUAUUAGAAGGGAUUUCUACAUUAUAUAAACUUUGUACUGUUUUAUAGUACUCUAAUGUAG